GCGUCUUGAACAGGAUUGGAGCACGUGGAUAUCCGUACUAAUUCGACCGUUGUAAGAAAUUCUUAUUCAAGUGCCUCCAUAGAUCCGUUCCUCUUCUUUGUCCAUCUUCAUCGGCAAAACAAAUCAACCAUUCACUUACUUUCGUAAUCUCUUUCCCUCAACUCAACAAUGGCGAUUGAUGCAGAGCAAGAGAAGACUUCUUCUGAGGUUUCGGCCACGGAGAAAAAAAGAUGGACUCUCAAUGACUUUGAUAUUGGAAAGCCUCUUGGACGAGGAAAGUUUGGUCACGUCUAUUUAGCUAGAGAAAAGAGGAGCAAUCAUAUAGUGGCUUUAAAAGUGCUAUUCAAGAGCCAGCUGCAGCAGUCGCAGGUCGAACAUCAGCUACGACGGGAAGUUGAAAUACAAAGUCAUCUUCGACAUCCCAACAUAUUACGGCUUUAUGGUUACUUCUAUGAUCAGAAGCGAGUUUACUUGAUAUUAGAAUAUGCAGCUAAAGGUGAACUCUAUAAGGAACUUCAAAAGUGUAAAUACUUCAGUGAACGACGUGCUGCUACGUACAUUGCAUCGUUGGCUCGGGCUCUCAUAUAUUGUCAUGGGAAGCAUGUAAUACACAGAGAUAUCAAGCCAGAGAACCUGUUAAUUGGUGCUCAGGGCGAGCUAAAGAUUGCAGAUUUCGGAUGGUCAGUGCACACAUUUAACCGUAGGCGCACUAUGUGUGGCACGCUGGAUUAUCUUCCACCCGAGAUGGUGGAAAGUGUUGAACAUGAUGCUAGUGUGGAUAUCUGGAGCCUUGGUGUUCUGUGCUAUGAAUUUCUCUAUGGGGUCCCUCCUUUUGAGGCCAAGGAACACUCUGAUACAUAUAGAAGGAUUGUCCAAGUGGAUUUGAAGUUUCCUCCUAAACCAAAUGUGUCUUCUGCCGCUAAGGAUGUCAUUAGCCAGAUGCUUGUCAAGGAUUCUGCACAUCGCCUUCCACUACACAAGCUUCUGGAGCAUCAAUGGAUUAUUCAAAAUGCCGAUCCCUCCAGCAUCUACAAGGGUUGUUGAGUCAUCUUCACUGAACAAUUAUGUCGGAUGGGGAUCCUUGUAUGAAAAUAUCCAGAUCUCUGAUGACUUAUAUUCUUCAUAACUUUAGAUAUUCUUAUAUGCAGCUAAUUUGCAUAGGCAAUCCGUGUGCCAAAUAUUUUAAAAUUCAUUUGUGUUCUAAUUUACCAUCAUGUAUCUUAUCCAUCGGAGUAACGGAUGGUAUUCUUUGUA